AUGCCCUCCACUCGGAAGGGUGGAGGGGAGGCCCUGCCGGGCAACACUGGCAAGCCGGCACGCAAGGAAAAGCGGCAGCUGGUUCGCUGGGAUCAGGACCUCGACACCCUCUUGCUUCUCACUGUUCAGUCGGCGUGCAAUCUGACGGGCGUCAAGGUUCCCUGGGAGAAGGUUGCCCAGCUUAUGGGUCCGAAGUUCACCGAAGGAGCAAUUGUACAACACCUGUCGAAGCUGCGCAUCCGUCGUGAGGCUGCCGGCCAGCGCGUUCCUCCCCCCCUACGUCGCUCCGUGACUGCCGCUGCCGCUGCUUCUGGUGGUGGUAAAGGCUCCAAGGCAGGAAGACGAAGUGCUCGCAAGCGCAAGGGCCACUCUGGUGGUGUGGAGGAUGAUUCCUCGGAUGACCUGGGCGCGCCGGGAGAGGAUGAUUCCGAUCCAGAGUAUUUCCAGGGCAAGAAAAAGCGCAAGUCGGGACGUUAUGCGCUCUCUACCUCUAAGAAGCCCAAGAUGACCAUGGAGGACGAUGAUGAGGAAGACGAGGAUGCUCUGAUGUGCGGCGGGGCCCCAUUCCUUCAACACCUCCAGCCCGAUACUUACCAUGACGGUAGCGACAGUGAUGAUAGUGACGAGGACUUGGACGAGGACUUCGAUUCUGAUUCCUGUACCGCCAAGACCAAGGUUGAGCAGGCUAGUCCGACAUCCCGUCCAUCGCGCGUGGUUAAGCUGCCUGUCAGUCUCCAAACCCAGGAUCAGCACGCCAUGAAGUCCAUCCGUAGCAAUGCUGACGCCAAUCCUCCCCCGUCGACUACCAUGGCAGGAAAUUGGAGCCAGACCUUCAUGCCCAACACUCCGGCUGUCAUGAGCAACAACCCUGUUCCGUCAUAUGGAAAUCAGGGUGCAUAUUAUCCCAGUCAAAUGGCAACGGGCCAGGGCACUGGCAACCCGCUUCAAGCCACACAGAAUCAAUUCUACUGGCCUUUGCCUACCCCAGUUGUCAACAGCCAAAUCCUUGGACGAGGGGAAUUCACCUGGUCUCCACAUGCGCCUGCCUUUGCUUCCGGACGAGGCGGCAUUCUUCAAGUCUCCGGCCCUCCACCGCCAAACUGGGGACCAGCACCAGCUCCGGCUACUGCUGAUGAGGCCCCGACCCAGGCCAUGGGCCUGAGCUCUCUAAACCCUGGCAAUCCUGACCCCAACUCUUGGUUCAUGGACUCGAGUCUAUUCAUGCACGAUGAUGAUGAUGAUGAUGAUGAUGAGGCUCAAGGUAGUCACAAUCAGCAUCUGGGCCAGGAGGAGUACUGAGCUACCCGGUAAAGCGGGGAUCCGUCAAUCUUCCAUCUGGUCCGUGAUAAUCCCGACAGGUUUCGAAGCUGGCAAUGCUACCUAUCUUCUUCGUCGAUGAUGGACAUGGUGUUUUUUAUUUUAUUUUCUCUUAUUGCGGUUGUUGAUAAGGCGAAUGAGUUUCCCGCUCGCUUGACGGGCACUGGAUUCUCGUUGCUUCCAGCGUGACUUCGACGUCAGAUGGAUUUUGUGGAAGGGCUGCUUCUUUGGCUUGCAAAUACCAUUUUCUGUCAGCUAGGAAGAACCGAC